AUGCUCAGUCGUGACCUUUCAAAAGAAGAUGAGAAGGCAAAAAAAUCGAGCGGUGAAUCGUCAGAUAGUAACGAGGAUGAAUCAAAUGACUCAGAUGCGAAUGCGCAUUCCGACUCACAUGUUGGAACGUCAUCGAACGUGACAAAAGAAACAAACGGUAAGAAGAAGGAAAGUGAUUCAACGACAGAUACAUCAAUUGAUGAGAGUCUUAAUAAGAAGAAUGGUGACCAAUCGGGCAAGAAAAAGAAACUAACGAAAAAGAGUGCUGUUUCUUCGAAAGAUGAUGACGAUUCGGAUGCAGAAGAUAAAAGCAAAUCCAAGAAGGGGAAAAAACGAGAGAAACCGCCCGAAGAUUCGAAAGCGCAAUACUUGAAACGAUUGAAACAUUUGGUUGUUUUGGCCGGAUUGCGUUUCAAUUACAAGAAAAUGUUCGAUGGAAUUGAAAGUGAUAAGAAAAAAAUUGAUCUGCUCAAAGAAGCGCUAACCAAUAAAGGCGUUACGACGCUAUCAGCAGAAGGUUGUAAAAGUUUCAAACUGAAGCGUGAAGAAGAACAAGAAUUGGCCGAAUUAAGCAGUAAUCGUAUUAUAGAACCUAACACCAGUUAG